ACAAUCUCUUUUCCUACUCAUCCUUCUCAUUUGACCUAUCUCCUUCUAUAUUCUAAAAUAAUGAAGAACAAGUUCAUAAAAGUAUGUGAAAACAAAUUGAAAACCAUGAAGAGCAAAUCCAUAGUCAUACCUUGUACUUCGUCUUUCUGUGAGGGUUGUUGCGAGAAGGUUGCUUGGGGGUUCAAGAAGGAAAAUGAAGCCAUACCUAAAGAUGUUCCAAGAGGACAUUUGGUAGUGUAUGUGGGUGAUGAUCACAAGAGGUUUGUGAUAAAGAUGAGUUUGCUUAAACAUCCAAUCUUCAAGGCAUUGCUUGAUCAAGCUCAAGAUGCUUAUGAUUUCAGUUCUGACACAUCAAGAUUAUGGAUUCCAUGCGAUGAAAACACUUUCCUCGAUGUCGUCCGUUGCAGUGGCGCUCCUCAGCAUCAAAGGAAGUGCAUUGGCAUGUACAUGUAAGAUUGAAGAUAUUUUCAUUUGAUUUUUGGUUUGUCAUCUGUGGAUCUAUGUUUCCAGAGAGAACUAAUAUUGAUUUAGAUAAUGGUGUACACUUCCUCACUAAGUAUGAUUAAUAAUAUUGUUAAGCAUAAGCAAGAUUCACUGAAAAAGCAAACAUCUACAAAUGUCACAACAUCUAAACUUUGACAAAGUAUUGUUUUUUUCUCUCGCACCAUUUCAAGACGAGACAUAAAGCAAAACGUUUCAGACACGGUUGCCUCUGUUCUGUGUCAUAUAAACGACCAGGAGCAAGUACAUUUUGAAACUACCAGACAAUAAAUAAGAAGUAUUGAUCUAACUCUUUUGUCAACUCUGUCGAAUCCACAAAUAGUUACACGUGAUUUUCAUAUAUAUCAUACAAAGUGACACCAUUCACAUUACAAUUACUCACUGAUAAAACACUCAAUUCAAACAUAUAAAAAGGUAAAAG